AUGAUGCAAGAAACACCCUCAGAGACCCGGGAUUUUGCCUCGGCAUUCAGGGAUGAUAUCUACGAAGAUGAGAAUGGUGUUGACUGUAGUACUGCGAUGGAUGAGGUGUUGAAUGGUCGUACUGGCAUUGAUGAUGCGAAUGUAGAGCCUGGUAGCCGCAACAAUAAGAGUCCGUGUUCGCUCACCAGCAACGGCGCCUUUCGGAAAAUCACUCAGCUGCCGUUCUCCGAACACUCCUUUGCGGCGCUACUUCCGAUAGAUUCAGAAAAACAAAUGCUACAUACGUCGCACGGAACGUCCUCAUCCACGACAUCUCUUGAAACGAGGAGCAGUGCUACGGUAGAAAACAGAAGCUCUGCUUCCCUUAGUCCUACAGCAUUCCUACUAGCUGCCCGCAACGAUCCUUCUCUCGUUCCUAAACCGACAACACCUUUGAGACCAUCUCAUUUGAGACGAAGGUCACGCUCUGAUGGAUUCUAUUCCUCUCCAAUACGCCCUCCUACGCUGCUAUACAAUCCGAUGUCGCACUAUUCUCCCAAUCGCCCGCAUCGCAGACAAGUAAUGGGUAUGAAUAUUCGCACUUUUGAUCGUACCGAACAUCGCAGAUUACCGCGACCCGAAAGUCCUGACGAGGAUGAAGAAGACGUGAUUUUGGCAGAUUCGGAAGAAUAUUUGGAACGCAAGGCCCAGCAAAUUAGAACUGAAUUGAGGGUGGCGGAGAUGGCGGAGUUGGUAUGGGAAGCAGAAAGGGCAGCGGAAGCUGGCGACGACCACUUUGCGGCCCAGGCAUCCACGUACGGCUUGGACGAUACGGAGUUGCUGGCUUCAGCCAUCACCGCCCGCCCUCAUCUGGAAUCGUUGCGGCGCCGGGCUUCCGUUCCGGAAAUAACUUAUGUUAGGCGCCUGCGGAGAAGGGGUGUUGAAAAAGUCGGGGUUUUGGAUUUGCGUGCUGUUGAUGAAGUAAUCCCGUCUUUUGGUUCGUUUCACAAUCAUCUACGUACCCAUUUUGCACGACACCUUGUGGACGAUCACACGCUGGUCCACAGCGAAGCUGAGUUGCGAAGCCGGAAAACAAUUGGUUCUCCGCAUCAUCAUAGACAGACCAAAUCGUUCUUGGAUAACUUAGGUCUACAACGUUGGAUGAAAAACGAUCCCAAAUAUAGAAGUAAUGACGCGGAACCCUCUUUCGGAGACGUAUUGGCUGAACAUCUGCACGAUUCCGGCACCGGUGUCCGUCGCAGUGCAAAGGUGGGCGGUCCUUUGGAUCACGAGCUUUCCGAUCGAUCGAUGCAACUUAUCGCUUCUUCACAUAAAGAAGGCUUGCAAGAAAUCGUUAAACGAGAGGAGCCUCUUUCACCGCCAACUUUGUAUACAGCGGAUGACGCUGUCUCCGGAACGACACAGAUACAAGAACCUCCUUCAACAAUACUCUCACCGAAAUCGCUUUUUGACGAGGAUGGCAGUGAUUCUCUUCAAGUGGAUGGUUCUUACUCGCUCUCCAUGUCGACCUUACAAGAAGAAAGUUUUUCGCCACCACUUGGUGGCGUUCCUCCAAUGAAAGUACGAGGACUUCGAGGAAGAAAUGGGCACAAGUGUGUCGAAGUUGAAAGUUCAGGUCUUACUCUACCAGAUUCUCAUCCACAACACACAUUCAGUUUAGUACAGGAACUCUCUCCCCAGUCGCAAAGCAUAGCCAGGGAGACUAGUUCGCUGAUGCUUCCGCUCUCGAACGAUCUGUACCUACGUGGUGAGAUACCAUGCCCAAGUCUAAAGGCAUUGCAAGCUUCAUCUCUGGAAAUACCGAGUGAAUCCGAGAUUGCUGCUUUCCAAAACGAGUCACAAUCAGCGUCUACGGGAAGCAACAUCCAUGCCGAUGCGUGUCUUUCACAUGCCACGCAUGCUUCUCCUGUGAGCUCUCAAUUCCUGAAGCGUCCAACCGUCGCUGUGUCAGAGAUUUAUUCGGAGUUCAUGGAAAAUGCCGCACACUUUGAGAAAGUCGGUUUGCGAGAGUCACAGUUAAUUCUCGGCGAAGAAAAUGCGGAGGAUGAAAACAAAGCAACAGAGAAGAAAUCCAUCCGAGUGCCUAUGCCUCUAAUUUGCAAUCAUUUGAGUCAGUCGCCUGGGUCAUGCAUUGCUAGCCGAAACACAAGCAAUCUUUCGAAAGCUAAGGGUGAAGGACCAAAGGCCAUACCAAUUCAAAGUUUGAAAUCUGCAAGUAGUAUAGUUUCCUUGGAUGACGUUACUCUGAAAUGGAAUCCUUUCCAUAAUAAGGCCAGGAAUGACGCCAAGAAUCAUUUUCAAUUUGCCAUGAAAGUUCUAUCGGAAUUAUCGCCAAGAUCACGAAGAUCUGCAGUUCACGAGUCAACCCCAAAAGCACAGCUGGUAGAUCAGACUGAGAAUGACCUCUUCCUUCACAACUACCUGUAUUGUAGUGAGUCUGUCGAGACGAUGCAUCCAGAUUCUGUAGGUACGUCGGAGCUGUUUCGCGAAGAUUUAGGAUGCGGACACACGUUGAACAUGGAGGGGUGUUGCGCUUCAGUUUGGAUGGACGGGGCUUUUCAAUGGUUACCACGCAAGGCAUCUAAGAAGCAAAUAUUGCUAAGCCGCAAGCCAUCAAUUCCUUCUCGGUUCCAAUCACAAACGUGGUUUGAUGUGGCAAACGAAAAAUUUGAUAGUAUUUUAGAACGUCUAGGCGGAACCCCACAAAAAGCCACUCCUUGGAAUCUGUCGUUCCAGGCGCCCAGUCUUGAGAAGAAAAGAAUGAAGCCUGUGACGGUCCGUCGAUCCAACUCUGUUGUCGAUGAGGAGAUGGACAAAGAUGGUGAACAGAAAGACGAAGACGUGGACGAUCAAAAGAGAAAGGGCGCCGAAUCCCCUUUACAAAUCUCGCGGCCCCUCUCAAUGUCUUCGGGAUCACUUCAACGUAUGAAGCAGAUGGAGCUAUCCUCUGUUGACUUUGAAAUUGCGUACGGUAUUCCCCGUGAGGAGUUUGAAGCAAUGAUGCCUUGUGAACGCUUGCAGAUUGAGCGUCGAGUGCGCCUUCGUCGACCUGCGCUACUGCAGAGCGCCUCAAAUAUAGGCAUUUCAGGCAAUAAAAGGAAUUGUCUCCUCUCGCCACUGACCUUUCAUCCAGGCUUUGACCGGCUUGUCCUAGAAGCGCAAUCCCACAAGGCAACAUCACUUCGCCGAACUGGUGCUGAAAGAUAUGAUCGCUCCUGGCCUACCCGUCCAGCUUCGCUUCCGUUUAGUCGAAGCUUUUGA